UAAUGUAAAAUUUGCAUCUCCCCACUUCACAACUCUAUUAUGAGAUCUGUGCACUAUCCAGAAAUAAGCGAAUUAAUGAUAUUGAAAGAAGAGCCCUUAAAAAAGUAAUUCUUAUUCAUAUUCUAUAGCUUGUAAUUUUGGAUGAUAAGUAUAUUUUUGAGCUUAUCGAUGACUACAAUCAAAAAAGAAUAACAGAGACCAAGUUGUAGGAUUAACUUAUUCUUCUCUCCAAAGAUGUCGAUAUGAAAUGUAAUCUAUUCAACAACUUCUAGCUGAUACAAAUGAUGAAUGUUAACAAGUACUUGAUUACCAAUUCAACCAUGCAGAAGCAAAAAAAGUUAUAGACUUUAUUUAACAAAAUCCAUAAAUCCCAGAAGAAAUAGCUUCUCCCUUAGGUGCAUAAUUGUGGAAAAAAAGAAGAGCUGAAAGAUAAAGUAGAAAAGGAAAGUGAC